AAGCACUGUAUUGCAUUCUUUAGCAACAAGAUGGCAACUAACUGUCAGCCAGAUUAUGAUAAGCCGGGCGAUGAAGGAGAAGAGCGCGUUAAAAUAAUUUGUCUUGGUGACAGUGCUGUAGGAAAGUCUAAACUUGUAGAGAGAUUUCUUAUGGAUGGAUACAAACCACAGCAGUUGUCGACAUAUGCUUUAACUUUAUUCAAUCACAAAGCACAGAUUGAUGGAAAAACAGUCUCUGUAGAUUUUUGGGACACAGCUGGUCAAGAGAGAUUUAAUUCUAUGCAUCCAUCAUAUUACCAUCAAGCUCAUGCAUGUAUACUUGUUUUUGACUGCACUAGAAAGAUCACAUACAAAAAUUUGCCUGAGUGGUUAAAGGACUUAAAAACCUAUCGACCAGAGAUACCAUGUUUAUGUGCUGCUAAUAAAAUUGAUGAGGACAUGGAAACAACAAAGAAAUCUUUUGCAUUUGCUAAGAAAAAUCGAAUGCCAUUUUACUAUGUGUCUGCUGCUGAUGGAACCAAUGUUGUCAGGUUGUUUAAAGAUUCUAUAAGAGCUGCCUUGGCAUACAAGAAUAACUCAACAGAUUUUAUUGAUGAGAUCAUGAAGGAGCUUGAGAACUUUGAAUUGGAUCCUAUACCGAAACCUAAAGAUACAGGACAAGAGAAGACAACCAAUGAUUCUUGAGAUUCCUGUCUAUUUUUUACACAUCUAUUUAUACAGCUUGUACCAAUCACUGUUUACUGAUGUACAUAUUAUUUGAUAGAUCAUUUAUUGUAUUUUCUAGAGGUUAUGUCAUUGUCAAUUUUAGGAGAAUUUACCUAAUUUAUUUAGUCAGUUACCUGUAGCUACCAAUCAUUAAGGAGAAUUUACCUAAUUUAUUUAGUCAGUUACCUUUAGUAACCAAUCAUCUGAAUAGUCACAAAUGGUAUGCCUUCAGUAACAUAACCAGUACAGCUGUGUUGUGCCAGGUGUUCAUUGUGGUAGGCUACUCUAGUGUUGUGUGCUUGUAGUGAAUGUGGCUCCUGGAUGCCUACGAUAUUAACAUCAUUUUUGUUUAUUACAUGACAUAAGUUGUAUGAGAGGACUACUUCCUUUAUUUUUGAAUGAGAGGUCUUCAUGUAUAUUUAUGGCUUGUAUGAAAGAUCUGCAGGGUAAAGUUCAGGAUAUAAACAUGUGAUUUAUUGAGCCAGUAUGUUGUUGGAGGCUGAGUCUUACAUUGUUUAUUUAUAAGUUCAAGGUACAAGGAAUGAUUAACUUAUUUAUAUUUAUUUAUAUUUUCUAAAGACUUGUUUUACCACAAGUCAUAUGUACAAUAAAUAUUUAAAUCUACCAAAA